UAAAGUGAAAAAUAAAAAAGAAAAAUAAAAAAUUAAAGUGAUAGAAAAUUAGAAUAAUAGAAAAUAUAAUUUUUCUUUCUAUAAGUUUCUAUAAGUGUGCUUAAUAGGAGUUAAAAUAGAUUCAUCUUUUUUUCUCUUUCGUCUUUUCAAUUUGGAGAGAGAUGAUCUUACAUAAUGUCGCACGCCUCUCCAUCGUUUACACUGUUGAUGAUGAUCAUAUCUCAAUUCUCGAACUAAAAAUCGCUGUCUUUUGGCUAACAUUGCCAUGGCGUUUCCUCAUUCUUUCAUCUUCCCGCCCAAUGAAGAUCAUAGUAAUGAUCAUCUCUUUCCCCUUCUUGCCCUCCCCAACUCUUCCUAGAUCAGAGUGUUUCUCAGGUGUUGAGCAAGUUCUUGUGGAGGAUGAAUCAUCUGAUGAUGAUGGAUCGCAUGUUGGUGAGAAGAAGAAGAGGCUUAAGUUGGAACAAGUGAAGGCACUGGAGAAGAGUUUUGAGUCGGGUAACAAGCUGGAACCGCAGAGGAAAUUGCAACUGGCUAAGGCUUUGGGGCUGAAACCAAGGCAGGUAGCCAUCUGGUUUCAAAACAGGAGGGCCAGGUGGAAGACCAAACUAUUGGAGAAAGAUUAUGAUGUUCUGAAGAAACAGUGUGAAGCACUCAAGGCUGACGCUGAUGCACUUCAGGCUCAAAACAAGAAGCUUAGUGCUGAGUUGUUGUCUUUGAAAACCAAAGAUUCAAACGAAAUAAGCAUUAAGGAUGAAGUAAAUGAGGGUUCAUGGAGCAGAAAAAGCCUUUUCUCAACUUCAUCAACGAGGCCAACAAGCAUGGUUCAACUUCUCCAAGGCUCAACAAGACCAGACCUCCCAUGCACUAAACCUGACCAAGUAGUUCAAGUAGAGGGAUUUUGCACUAAACCUGACCAAGUAGUUCAAGUAGAGGGAUUUUGUUAUCUGUUGAAUGAAGUUGAUGAGCAGCAAGGUUUUUGGCCAUGGGGUGAGCAAUAAGAAAAGUUUCAAUUGAGCCAACAGGCCAGGUUGAGCUUAGCAAGUUAGUUAAGAAGAAAAUUUGGGAAUUUUCCUGUCAACUUCAAAUUCUUGUUUUGGUUGUUGGUUGGUGUACAGAAUUGGAUACAUUUGAUAUUAUUUGGGUAGAAAAAUCAAUAUGUUGGUUUGGCUCUGAAAUUAAACAUUUUUCUUGUGAAAUAUAUUUAUUUGACAUUGAGUGGUUUCCCAA